AUGGGUCAUCCAGGUCCGUCGCAUGCUCCUAUUCAGAAAGCCCAACUGCCUCCAAAACCACCAGUACCGCGUCCGGCGGUUCGACACAUACCGGCUGAUGACUGGCUUACCUACAAAUUAGAUCACGGUAAGCUCUACAAGUGCGGUGCGGACAUCUCGAAAGAACUGGAGAAUCACAGUCUUUACAUCCAUGACGUGGCUGACAUCUGGGCGCUCUAUCCCCGACAGUUACAGAAGCCCGAUCUGGGCAUGCGGCGUUCCGCACCGCCGCCUCCUAAGUCUCACAAAUCACGUCCCUUAGGUCCUCCGAGUAAACAGCGCCGCACAACUGGUGGUGGACACCAGCACCACGCUCCGCCACCACCACCACCAGAUGACUACUUUGAUGAGGAUGAGGAAGAGGACGAAGAUGAGGAGGGUCUGGGUGACGUGGAUGAUGAGGAUGAUGCAUACGGAUAUCACCCAGGUCCCUCAUCUUACCUAGAAUCGCCCCCGUCCAGGCACCACCGCUACUCACGCCACCACCAACAGCCAACAGCGACUCCAAAUGUCCCACGUGGAAUGUACCAUCGGAAGCAACAGCAGCAUAUCGAGUCCAGUGGUCAGUACGGUGGACUAAGCAAGCGUCGCACGCGUGGCGAUAGUGCUGGAGUCCGUCGCUCACCUCGGUGCUCUACCGAAGCAAAUGUUUGCGCGCAUUCCGGUGGCGUAGCCGACGAACUUACUGGUGACGAGCUGAAUCUUGAUCAGGUGCUGCUCAUCUAA